AUGCUUCGCGGAGCGGCGGCAGCGGCCGCCUGGCUGCGCGGCCCCUGCCCCGGCGAAGGGAAGGUGGCGGCGCGGCGGUGUUGCAGCGCGGCACGGCGGCGGGAGUGGGUGCCGCCGGCUGGGCGGGACAGCGGGAUCGUGGCGUACAACAGCCGGAGCCGGAGCAAGGAGCCGCUCGUACUGGCCACGGAAGGAGUGGCGACCUGGUACAGCUGCGGACCGACCGUGUACGACCAUGCACACCUCGGACACGCCAGCUCUUAUGUUAGGUUUGAUAUAAUUCGAAGGAUAAUGACGAAGUUUUUUGGAAUUGAAGUUAUCAUGGUGAUGGGGAUCACAGACAUAGAUGACAAGAUAAUAAAAAGAGCCAAUGAGAUGAAUAUAUCGCCUGUAGCUCUUGCUCGUAUAUAUGAAGAAGACUUUAAACAAGAUAUGGCUGCCUUAAAGGUACUUCCUCCUACAGUGUAUAUGAGAGUGACUGACAAUAUUCCUCAGAUCAUUGCCUUUAUAAAAACAAUAAUUGCUAGUGGACAAGCUUACGCAACCUCACAAGGCAAUGUUUAUUUUGAUGUCAAAGCUUGGGGAGAAAGAUACGGAGUAUUAACUGCUAUUUAUCCUGAUGCUCAAGAUGAAUCAGUUAAUACUGAUAAACGACAUGGUAAAGAUUUUGCUCUGUGGAAGGCUGCCAAACCUCAAGAGCUAUCUUGGACUUCUCCCUGGGGAAAAGGCAGGCCUGGAUGGCACAUUGAGUGUUCCACAAUAUCAAGUGCAGUGUUUGGAAGGCAGCUGGACAUCCACACCGGCGGAAUAGAUCUUGCAUUCCCUCAUCAUGAAAAUGAAAUUGCACAGUGUGAGGUGUAUCAUCAAUGUGAGCAAUGGGGGAAUUACUUUUUGCAUUCUGGGCAUUUGCAUGUUAAAGGAAGUAAAGAGAAGAUGUCCAAGUCAUUAAAAAACUACAUAACAAUUAAGGAUUUCCUGAAGAAAUCUUCAUCGGAUCAAUUCAGGAUGUUUUGUUUGCGCAGCAGAUACAGCUCAGCAGUGGAAUUUAGUGACAAGAGCAUGGAUGAUGCAAAGCACCUUCUUCAGGCAAUCUCCUCAUUUAUUAGAGAUGCAAAUGCUUACAUAAAAGGAGAGCUGGUAUGUGACCCUGUUAGAGAAGAUGUACUCUGGGAAAGGCUAGCCAGCACAAAAGUAACCGUGAAGGCUGCGUUUGCAGAUGACUUUGACACCUCCAGGGCUGUUGCAGCAAUUAUGGACCUCGUUCACCAUGGCAACAGACAGCUUAAGGCUGUUACUAAGGAUGCUGGAUUUCCUAGAAGUUCUGUUGUGUAUGGAAGCAUUAUUUCCUAUAUAGAAGGCUUCUUUAAUGCCCUUGGGAUGUCCUUUGGAGAAAGACAGGUGGCUCUGGGAGGAGACAAUUCUGCUAUGCUCUCUAAUGUCAUUGAUGAGCUUGUUAGGUUCCGAGCCAAGGUCCGUCAUUACGCGCUCGCUCUUCCGGAAGCAGGUGACGCUGUGCCAGCGGAGGGUGCCGUGGGAGCCAAAGGACUGAAACAGGAACAAAAGGAAAAGAGGCAGCAGUUAAUGCAGGAGAGAAAACCACUCCUAGAGGCUUGUGACAGUCUGCGUGGAGACCUUGCUGCCUUUGGAAUCCACAUACAGGACAGAGCUGCUGUUUCAACGUGGGAAAUCAAGGAAGGAGGGGAAGCAGAGCAGCAGACCGAGAAAAAAAGCUGAUCUGUUAUCCGUGGACUUGUUUUUUAUUCCCAUUGCUUUAUUCCAGUUGUAAAUAUUGUAUCCAAAUAAACUCUUUGGGAC